AUGAAAAAAUGGCUUUAUAAAAGUAAAAAUACUGAUCUUAACAUAGAUAACUUAAUUAACACCACAAGCGGCAAUAGCACUUCAGUAAACAGCUUGGAUAACACCAUAAAUACUGAGAUUAGUGAGAUUCAACAAAAGAACACAACUUUAGUUAAUGACAGUAGUAGCAAUAGCACUACAGUAAACAGCUUGGAUAACACCAUAAAUACUGAGAUUAGUGAGAUUCAACAAAAGAACACAACUUUAGUUAAUGACAUAGAUUUAAAAGAAUUUUCAUUGGAGUAUGAUGAAUUGAUAUCAAUGGAAAAUAUAUCUGAAUUACGAAAAAUGAACCUUAUUAAAUUAGUAAAAACAUUAUGUGGCUCAAAAUAUUUUCCAAAUGUUUGUACAAUGUUGGCAAGAGUGGCAGCUGCUAAACCUCAUAGUGCUGAUAUUGAACGUUUGAUAAGUGCCAGCAACUUAUUAAAAUCACCAUUACGCUCAACUAUGAAUAUUGAGACAGAAAACUUGAGCUUAUAUAUAAAUUAUAAUAUGCCACCAUUAUACGGUUGGGAUCCUAGGGACACAGUUUACCAUUGGAUGUCUAAAAAGAAACAUCGAGUCCUCAAAAGAAGAAAAGGAAAGGAACAAAGUUAUUUUAGUGGAGUUUUCUUUGAAGCAUCUGGUAAAAACAAAAUUAUCAAUAGUGACGAUAGUGGCGAAGACACUGAAGAUAAAAAAAAAAAAAAUUUAAUUUGUUAUUAUUAUUAA